GGGACCGAUCUUGUGCAAGGUUGGCUAAGUGCGCGGUUGGAUGUAGAAGAGGAGUAUGGCGGAGGGUGCGCCUCGACUGCAAGAAGACCGAGGGAGAUCAAGCAGAGUGAUCUUCGAGGAUGUCGAUGGUUGAUACGUCGAGGAAGUGCGUCUUCAAUCGUCGAGAACGAACAACCAGAAACGAGCGGAGUACUUCGAUCAUAUUCCGAUUGGGUGUUGAAGACCUC